AGGGUUUACACACACACACUCACACACGUAUCGUAGACCGGCUAUGUCGUCUGGGCGGAUCUACAAGCUGAUAUUUGGCAGGGAGCAGCCCCAGUGGAUGUGGGACAUGGCACUGGAGCUGCGCCUCCCUGCUCUCUUCCUGGUCGGUGUUGUUUAUGUCAACACAAAAUGCUACUACGACGCUCUGAGCGCGUAUCAAGCGGGGUCGCGCUGGGGCAUCACGCAGGGCAAACUCCUCGAGCUGGAGAAACUCAAUUAUAGGUACAUCAGCGUCCCUCGCUACGCCGUAAAGUACGAGUUUGAGGUGGACGGAAAGCGGUACGUGUCGACGCGCGCCACGACGGGGUCACCUUACCGCGAGUGGAUGAAGUGGUUUUACAAUGACACGAUCACGGAAGCGGAGUACCUCCAGGCGAUUCCCGUGUUGCGUGUCGGUGAACGAUGCAGCGUGUUUUACGACAAGAAGAACCCAGGUGCGCACUCCGCGCUUGCCCAGGAUGCAAACUCAUUCGAAAUCUCGUUUCUCAGCUUCUUUGCUGUGUUUCCGCUUCUCAUGGGUUAUUACAUGAAGGCGCAUUUCUGGAUGAUACGCAAAGCGUACAUGCCGAACAAGAAGAUGCGCAUUCGCUUCCCUGUUUACGAUCGUCCGAAACCCUCGCCACCGCCGCCCAAGGAGCCCCAUCACAUUUCUCCGCUGCCUCCGAAGAAGUAG